CUAGGCUGAUAGAAAAGCCACUGCUAGGCUACUGUAUGGAGGAAUGACAGCCAGAUUGGGAAUAUAGCCUUGUGUGUCUGUCUUCUAUAGCGUCCUUAGACACAAAUUUAGUGAAUGGGACUAAGAAUACAGUGGCAGCCUGUAUCACUGACCAGAUCAAGAGCAACCAGCAGAUUUGGAUGAGCUCACACCACAUGGGAUCUCCUGUAUAUCAGAUCCCCAUAUUGACUGGUGAGGAGGAGGAGGAACAUGCAGUGUGAUGAUGCCCUCCCUCUUCCCCUGGGGCAGGAACUAUGUUUGCAUCUAACCCUUAUAGAGCUGAAGGGCAGGGGGACAGUCACAGUCAAAGAGAGACUAGCUAGCUGAGCCCAGGGGACUACAAUCAACAGGUGGAGCUGAACAAAUAAGCUAUUGGUCGCAGGCUCAGCCAACAAGACCAGGGACAGAAGCGUCAGUAGAAGGCCUUGUCAGAGAGAGCACUAGAGAGCAUGUGGAAGCCACAGCCAUUGUUUAAAACAACGCCAGAGACAACAACUGAAGCCUAGCCCCAGAGACUGAAGUCACAGCACAGAGCUCCGGAGACAACACUGAAGCCUAGCCCCAGAGACUGAAGUCACUGCACAGAGCUCCGGAGACAACACUGAAGCCUAGCCCCAGAGACUGAAGUCACUGCACAGAGCUCCGGAGACAACACUGAAGCCUAGCCCCAGAGACUGAAGUCACUGCACAGAGCUCCGGAGAAAACACUGAAGCCUAGCCCCAGAGACUGAAGUCAUAGCACAGAGCUUUGGAGACAACACUGAAGCCAGUGAAUCCACAACCCCUGAGCCCCAAAGAGACCACCACUGCGGGAUGGCUUCAACACUGUGACUGACUCUAGACCCACUGGAGUUCCAACUGUACAGCUGGGAACCAGAGCUAAAGACCAGAAUAAUAGGAUACUAAACUCACAUCUCAAAGGGAUUAUUGUGUGGUUGUGUGUGUUGCUCUGUGUGUGUGGUUCUGUGUGUGUUGUCUUGGGUGUAGCAGUGCAGUGUGUGAGCUAGUUUUGUUUUAAAUUCUGUGUGUGUAGUUCUCCAUCAGCAGAUGUUGCAGAAAUGGCCAGCAUGGUGGUCCAGCUCUUGGGCUUCUUCCUGGGUCUAUUGGGGCUUGUAGUUAGUGUAGUUGCUACGGUGCUCCCCCAUUGGCGGCGGACGUUAUAUGUGGGCUCUAACAUCAUCACAACCACUGCAUACAUGAAGGGGCUCUGGAUGGAGUGUGUGUGGCACAGCACGGGCAUCUACCAGUGUGAAGUACAUCGCUCAAUGCUGGCUCUGCCACCUGACCUGCAAGCAGCGCGGGCGUUGAUGGUGCUAUCCUGUCUGACCUCCACCCUGGCAGUCCUGGUGUCCUCUACAGGGAUGAAGUGUACCCGCUGUGCCCGACGCUCCCCCACCAAGCACGUCCUGGCCAUCAGUGGAGGGGUCUGCUUCCUGUCUGCAGGCAUGCUCUGUCUUAUCACUGUCUGCUGGACAACCAAUGAUGUCAUCCUCGACUUCUACAACCCCAUCCUACCUGAAGGUAUGAAGUAUGAGAUUGGCAUGGCGGUGUAUUUGGGCUAUGUCUCGGCCUGUCUAAGUCUGAUGGGAGGGGCGGUGCUCUGUUGGAACUGUGAGGGGCGGCCCGGGAACGCCCUCCCCCUCCAGCUACCUCAUCGUCACCACCCUCCUCCUCCCCCUGUCUUCAGCACUUUAAACACCCCAGCACCCCCUUACUAUCCCCCUGCCGCACUGAAUGGAAACCGCGCUCCCUCACGCACCUCAGUGUCCAGCAGUGGCUACAGACUCAACGACUAUGUCUGAGGGAUGGAGUACACACUCAAUUAUUGCUUCCUAGUGUGGAAGUGGACACACAUAAUUAUUAUGUUUGAAUGUGGAAUAUAAUACAAACUGAUUGACCACGUCUAAGGGAGGUUCACACUCAAUGACUUUCCAGACAACCUCCAGAGAGUGACUGAGGAUGAGUGUGUUUUACAGUGUUGAUGCUGUUCAGGUUGUGUCCUUCUUCUCUGAGGGAAAGUCCACAAGGUAAUCCUGUCCUCUUUAUCCUGUUGACUUUGUAUGUUUACUAUAAUAAUCCAGAAACACACUUUUGAACAUCAACAGCCUUAUUCCCUAAUACAAAAGGAGCUUCCUUCGAACAGGCCUUUAGGACAAAGACAGCAUAUACCAUAAUGAGGACAAAGACAGCAUAUACCAUAAUGAGGACAAAGACAGCAUAUACCAUAAUGAGGACAAAGACAGCAUAUACCAUAAUGAGGACAAAGACAGCAUACACCAUAAUGAGGACAAAGACAGCAUACACCAUAAUGAGGACAAAGACAGCAUACACCAUAAUGAGGACAAAGACAGCAUACACCAUAAUGAGGACAAAGACAGCAUACACCAUAAUGAGGACAAAGACAGCAUAUACCAUAAUGAGGACAGAGACAGCAUAUACCAUAAUGAGGACAGACAGCAUAUACCAUAAUGAUAAGCCAUAUAUGGUUCUUCCAUGUGUAUUAUUAUGUGUUCCAGUUUCAUAGCUCAUAACUUCAUGGCUGUUAGCCACAAAUAGAUUUUUUAACUGCUCCAAUUGUUGUGAAGCACUUCCUGUCUUCUCUAUUAUUGAAUAUAUGUAAACUGCUUUAUACUUCUCCUGUUAUCUUAAAAUACAAAGUCACCAUGGUGCAACAGAAUAUAAUUGAGCUUGAGGGUGGUAGGAUAGGUUACUAUUAACUACACUGAACAAAAAUGUAAAUGAAACAAUUUUAAAGAUUUUACAGUUCAUUUUAAAUAAAUUCAUUAGGCCCUUGGGCUCCCGAGUGACGCAGCGGUCUAAGGCACUGCAUCUCAGUGCUAGAGGCGUCACUACAGACCCUGGUUCAAUUUCAGGCUGUAUCACAACCAGCCGUGAUUGGGAGUCCCAUAGGGGGGCACACAAUUGGCCCAGCGUCGUUAGGAUUUGGCUGGGGUAGGCUGUCAUUGUAAAUAAGAAUGUGUUCUUAACUGACUUGCAUAGUUAAAUAAAAAUUUAAAAUCUA